GAAAAUCCAAGUUAAGUAUCCAUUGAGAUCCGCCACCAAAUCCAAGGAUGACAAAGAUAAACCACAACUCUCUCUUUCUUCUUUUGCUUCCAAGAGGUACCAACAUCUCCGAUCAAUUCAAACUCGGUUGUGUUUAUUUUUCGGGGGAAAGCUCGCAUCAACUUUGAGUAAAAGUAUGGGUGUCCUUGAUCUCUUUGGCAAGGACAAAUCUGCUAAGCCACCUAGAAGACUAUCUAUUCCUGCUAAGUCAAUGGCCACAACUCGCUCCGAAACCACCAGCAGGAAACAUCACCCUAAUAUCCGAGUCCGGAACCAAGAGAUCCGCUACAAAAAAUGA